AUGCAGCAGGCGACGCAGCAGGCGAUAGUAGGGCAGGCGGUGGAGCAGCGGAUGGACCAGGCGAUAGUACGGCAGGCGACGCAGCAGGCGAUAGUACGGCAGGCGAUGGAGCAGCGGAUGGACCAGGCGAUAGUACAGCAGGCGAUGCAGCAGGCGAUAGUACGGCAGGCGAUGCAGCAGGCGAUAGUACAGCAGGCGAUGGAGCAGGCGAUAGUACGGCAGGCAAUGGAGCAGGCGAUAAUACGGCUGGCGAUGCAGCAGGCGAUGGAGCAGGCGAUAGUACAGCAGGCGAUGCAGCAGGCGAUAGUACGGCAGGCGAUAGUACGGCAGGCAAUGGAGCAGCGGGUGGAGCAGGCGAUGGAGCAGGCGAUAGUACAGCAGGAGAUGCAGCAGGCGAUAGUACGGCAGGCAAUGGAGCAGGCGAUGGAGCAGGCGAUGGAGCAGGCGAUGGAGCAGGCGAUGAAGCAGGAGAUGGUGCAGGCGAUAGUACGGCAGGCAAUGGAGCAGCGGGUGGAGCAGCGGAUGGACCAGGCGAUAGAGCAGGCGAUAGUACAGCAGGCGAUGGAGCAGGCGAUAGUAAGGCAGGCGAUGGUGCAGGCGAUGGAGCAGGCGAUGGAGCAGGCGAUGGUACAGCAGGCGACGCAGCAGGCGAUGGUACAGCAGGCGACGCAGCAGGCGAUAGUACGGCAGGCGAUGGAGCAGCGGAUGGACCAGGCGAUGGAGCAGGCGAUGGAGCAGGCGAUGGAGCAGGCGAUGGAGCAGGCGAUAGUACGGCAGGCGAUGGAGCAGGCGAUGGAUCAGGGGAUGGAGCAGGGGAUGGAGCAGGCGAUGGAGCAGGGGAUAGUACGGCAGGGGAUGGAGCAGGCGAUGGAGCAGGCGAUGGAGCAGGCGAUGGAGCAGGCGAUGGAGCAGGCGAUGCAGCAGGCGAUGCAGCAGGCGAUAGUACAGCAGGCGAUGCAGCAGGCGAUAGUACAGCAGGCGAUGCAGCAGGCGAUAGUACGGCAGGCGAUGCAGCAGGCGAUGCAGCAGGCGAUAGUACGGCAGGCGAUGGAGCAGGCGAUGGGGCAGGCGAUGCAGCAGACGAUAGUACGGCAGGCGAUAGAUCAGGCGAUGGAGCAGGCGAUGCAGCAGGAAGUGGAGAAGCAAGAGCAGACCUCACGAGAGCACGCGAGUUCCUUAGACAAGACACAGAAGCUUCUGGAAUUCUCAGAACUAUUGACUCGAUAG